AUGGGCCAUCCAAACACAUCUCCCGCCAUGGCUCGCGCACUCAAACCACCUGCCAAUCUCCCGUCUCUCGUCCAGACCACGUUUGCCAAAGCCCGUUCAGCAGGGGACCUGCAUUACUUCCCGACACAAGUCACCCUCCUCCCCGUCCACUCCGUUCCCGUAAGACUCCCCGUUUUCAUCCACGUCAAACGGCCUUUUCAACUCCGCUUCUCACCAGCGCUGGCCAACAAGCCAAAACCACCACCACAAGAUACUGCAUCGCCAAAACGAACAUUUGACCCGUUUGCUAACCCCGCCGCGGCGCUGUACAUCGCUGACGUCGGACCAUCGCACUACUUGGUCCUGAACAAGUUCGCUAUAGUGCCAGAGCAUUUCAUCCUCGCAACCAGGGACUUUAAAGAACAGACGGAUAUUUUGGAACCGUCUGAUUUAGAAGCCACAUUAGCGUGUAUAGAGGCGUUUGACGCGGGUAAAAAACCAGGCGAAGAUGACGGAUUAUUUGCAUUUUUCAACUGCGGCGAGCAUUCUGGCGCAAGUCAACCGCACAGACAUAUCCAACUAUUACCUGUUGAUAGAAUGAGAGACGGCCUGGAAUCCGGUGCCGCGUGGAACGUCCUAGCCGACCGUGACGACCUUGACAGCACGCCGUUUGUGGUAUUUUCGGAACAGAUCACGCUGGGCAUGUCGGGUGCCGAGCUACAUGGUAUUUAUGUGCGUUUGUAUCGACAGGCAUGUAGGGCUGUUGGUGAGCGCACCGGUCUGCCGAUGGGGGACGUGGCCGCCGAUGGUCCUACACUGAUAAGUUACAAUAUGGCAAUGACCAAGAAUAAGCUCGUUAUUUGCCCGAGAUUAGCAGAGGGAGGGUCGGUGUAUAACAAAGCGGGAGAGGAUGUUGGCAAGGUUGCGCUGAAUGGGACAUUACUUGCGGGUACGGCGCUGGUGAAGAAUGAGGCGGAGUGGGAUGCGUUGCGUGGGAAUCCGGAGUGUUUAGUUGGUGUGUUGAAUGGUAUUGGUUUGGCGAGGAAGAGUCACGAUGAAGAUGGUGUGAAUAAGUUAUAG